AUGUACUCAUUUGAGGGAAGAUUUAAAGCACGGCGACAGCCACCUUAUGUUGUUGAGCCUAGGAACCUCGUCCAGAGAAUGCAGGAGGAGCGAAGACAGCGAGCCCGCGUCAGUCGUCAGGAAAGGGCUGCUGUUAUGAUACAGGCCUUCAUCAGAGGUACCCAAUCGCGUCGCCAAACUAACGCUAUCCUAAGCCAAAGAUCCAGCUUUCUGUCUGACGAAAUUUUGUCCUUUGCUGGCGACUGUUCUGAUGAUAUCUCGUGCAUUCAGUCUGUGUGCAUGUGUCUGCGAACUUUCGCGUUUGUUUCCAAAAGGUGCAUUUCCGAUAGCUUGAUUAUAAAGGUAGCUCAUGUGCUUCUUACUCCAACCUGUACGUCACUCUAUUCCCAGUGGCUGAUACAAAGUGAUAUGCAAAAUUUGAGCACAAUCACUGGCAUAAUCAUCCGCUUUCUUUCAUUUCUUAAAAAUGUUCCACCAACAUCCCCUCUACAGUACUAUUCACCACUAAUGGCCGUACUGAAACACUACCUGCUCAAACAGAGGCUGGCGUGUACCGGCCAGGCGUCGAAUCAGCUUGAUCGUCUCUUUCUUACUGUCUGCAAAGUAGGCCACUACUUUUCCUCCGUUGCUGUUUUUGUCGACCAUCAAUCCUACAUGCCGGAUCAUGCGCACUCAUUCGAUGCAUACAUUCAUCUACCGGAAAACCGAGACUUUCUCUACCUCAUUCGAGCUCCUUUUAGCAUAUAUCUUUCAUCCAAAGACGCCUUAGAUCGCUCUCAGAUAGCUAGAGAAUUCAUAGCAUUUGCGGUGGCGGAUGUGGCUGAUGCGGCUCAUCAGGAGGAUGCUCGAUUGGACCGCUCUGCUGGAUCCAAGAUCCCUCGAUUCAUUUUCCCGCUCAUUAUUGUCAGCAUUCCCUUCAACUUGCUUGUCAACUAUCUCUACGCUUGUGCCAGCGGAAGUGGUGAUAGUGGUUUUGAGAUACCUAUUGAAGGACGCCUCCAGCCUUCUUUGGACCUCCUUCUUCCCUUCCUAUCCGGAUCGUUGCCGCGUUUUUUGCGGGAAUGGAGGCUUGGUUCCGGUAACCUAGCCAUUCAGGUUACCCGCAUCCUAACCUGGAUGUUCUCAUCCCUGAUCGCGGCCAGGUGCCCUGCUGAUGGCAGCACGACUGUCUUCUCACCACCCUUCUCCCCUCUGCCCCUUUCCGUCGAAUCUGAGUCCUCGGCGGAGGACGUGGGUUUAAACAGUGACAGCGAGACCAAUAGCGUCGUCAUGCUGCCGGUGGCGUCAGUUGAGACUCGGCCAACCGAUUUUUCUGGGAAACAAGAGGAGUCUGAUGAUACUGUUUCACGAUUCACUGAUACUUGGCCGGGCCAAACCGCCGAGGUGUUCGAUCUACUGGAGAAGUACCUCCCACUCUUGGCUCAAGCGGCGCUGAAAGAAGGUUAUGAAACGACAUCGGAAACCUUAAAUGGUGGGAAGCCCAAAGAAGUGGUCGAUUGCCUCCCUGUCCUCUACAGCUUGCUCGCCUUCUUUCGGCCCAUUGCUCCGCGUCCCAUGCGUAUAUUGACUUCGACUGUGUCCAAACCGCCGCAGUUUUUGCAUGAGUUGUGGACACUGGCAACUACGAUGCCCACUGAUAAUGGCAAAGGCAGACUCUUUGACAUCAUUGCAUCGGGAACAAUGCCGGAAAUACCAAGGACAAUGGAUAAGUUCACGGGUGUCCUGUUGACCUUCCUAAACGGUCUCAAUCAUCGACUGACCCUUCUAACCGACGCAGAAGUCAGCGCUGAGCCCACCGACUUCAGUGGUCUCAACAUCUACGGCUUCGAUCCCUCAGACCUUCUCGUCGUGGGCUUACGUCUGCGUGACCUCAUGCUUGGUCUCAUCGAUCUCCUUUACCCUCCUCGACCCCCAGCAAGGGCUCGACCGGGUGGCAUCUAUGUCCCCGUGACCCUGCGCGAAGUUAUCGAGCGCGUGGAGUUGCAGCGCAUGUCUGAAAAGGGUCCCUCUGCUUCUGGUUCGUCUACCACCGCUUCUAUCAGCGCUUCAGGUGAACUAACAGACGACGAGGAAGAGCGUCUUCGGUGGUGUCUGCACCGCUGGCGAACGCUCUUUCUGGCCACGCAGAAGGUGGUAGCGCAGAUCUAUGGUUGGCAUCGCAGACAGCAGCAACAGCAGGAAGGUUGGGCUCUCAGCCUCGAGAUGGCAGGCAGCGUCGAGAGCUCGGAGUGGCUGCGCCCCGAGGUCGUGCCCGACUUCAAUAAUAGUCGCACUGCUACUUGGAUGGCGGAGCGGUAUAUGGAGUUGAAGGACAAGAAUCUGAUUAGGCCACAUUUGGGAUACUUUAGCUGCCUCAACACUAAUCGGACCGAAAAUAAGUUUGCCUCUAUGACUUUUAUGGAUUGGCGUAGGAUGACGGUUAUCUUAGAAGUACCUUUUAUCUUCCCCUUCUGGGAUCGAGUCAAGUUUUUCGUCUCGAUGGUUCGCCACUUCCGCCUUUCCAUUCAAGGCGUACCAGAGUUGAACUACAUAUCCGGAGUGGGCAGGGCACGAACUAUUAACAUGCAAGUUCGCCGAGACCACGUCUAUGAGGACGCUUUUACGUCCCUGUCUGGCAGUCAAGUGUCUUCCUUCCACCCGCGCUUCAUGGUGACAUUCUACAAUGAGGCAGGAGCGAUGGAAAUGGGCAUUGACGGUGGGGGUCUGUGCAGAGAGAUGCUGCUGGAGGUAAUACGCCAGGGCUUUGACCCCUCUCGCGGCCUCUUCCUCUGCAACGACGACCAUGCUCUCUACCCUAACCCGGACGUGGGUGCAUUGAUGGAGGAUCAUGAGGCGCACUAUACCUUCCUCGGCGCCAUCCUUUCUAAGGCUAUCUAUGAGGGUAUGGUGGUGGACCUCCAAUUUGCGCCCUUUUUUCUCGCCAAGAUUAUCAGUCCCAAUAAAAGUCUCAGUGUCGACUUUAACCACCUGCGUUCACUAGACCGGGAAUUGCAGUUGUGUCGACUGAAGUCUUAUGAGGGCGAUGUGCGCGAUUUGGAGUUGGAUUUCACCAUCGUUCAGCAUGUUUACGGGAAGAACACGGUGGUUGAGUUGAAACCCGGUGGUGCCUCCAUCCCCGUGACCAAUGCCUCGCGAGUGGAGUACAUUAAUCUAGUGGCCAAUUAUAAACUCAACAAACAGAUUUUGCGGCAGUCGAUGGCUUUCAUCUCGGGCAUGGCCAGUGUCCUCGAUCUCAAGUGGUUGCAGCUCUUCGAUCCCGAGGAGUUGCAGAUUGUCAUCUCAGGAACACACGUGGACAUCGACGUGGACGAUUGGAUCCAGAACACGCAGUUUGUUGGAGACAUGACGGAUGAGCAUAAUCAGAAGACGAUUAAUCUCUUCUGGGCGUUUGUACGCGAUCUAGCGGAGAAUCAGAAGCGCAAUCUCAUCCGUUUUGUGACGGCAUCCUCGCGACCACCGAUGUUUGGAUUUGGGUUUCUGCAUCCGCCAUUCACAAUCCAACUCACCUCCGACACCAGUCACUAUCCUACCGCCAGUACGUGCAUGAACCUUCUAAAGUUGCCCAUCUAUCAGACGGCGGAUGAACUGAAGGAGAAAUUCCUCUACGUGAUUCAAGCGAAUGCCGGUUUCGAGUACAGCUAG